AUGACGGUGUCAGCUGUUUCCAAGAUUAGUAAUUUGAUAGGGGAGGUGCUAGAAGGGGAUAAAUCAACAGGAAGAGAAUGUAUUGGUCAUUUUGCUUGUGUGAGCAUCUGUCUUGAUGUGAGACAACCACUGAUGUGUGGGACUCUUGUGGCUUCUUCUAGGGAAGAAGCACUAUGGGUGGACUUCCAGGAGUCCAACCAGUCAUGUGAAAACUUAUCUACGGAGGAGAAAAAAGAAAUAGCUAGCGGAGGAAGGAAUACAAAUACACAACUGUUUCUUGGACUUGAGGCAUUGGAAGAUUUGAGGGCUGGGACAAACCAAAAACGAGGCAUUGAUGGUCAGGAAGAAGAUAAGGGAGAUCAGAUGGAGAAGGCAGCUAGCAUAAUCAGGCUUAGAAUGGUGACAAUGAGUGGCGAUGUACACCGGGUUCAGCAGGCAAUGAAACUAUAG